CCCCCGCCACGAAGGACCUCCCAUGGCAGCAGCGCCAAGAAGCCGCGGCCAAAGGCCGAUGCCAAGAGGUGCAUCUCCGACGGCAAGGAGCAAAGCGAGGAGCCUCGCACCUUGGAGCACGCCUUUGCCAAGGGCAAGAAAGGCGGCGCAGCUGAGGCCAAACGGAAGUCGCUCGGACCCAAAGGAGAGCAAAGUGAGGUGCAGGAGUUAGAUCGCGCGGACGCUGCUGCGGGAGAGGAGAAAGAGCCGAAAGGGCAGCCGCCAAAGCAGCCCAAAGAGCCCAAAAAGAAGGAGCCGAAGGAGCCGAAGGAGUCGAAGGAGAAGGAGGCUGCAGAGGAGAAUGAGGC